AACUCAAGCCGGUUGGCCCAACCCAACUCUAUUCCAAAUCUGUCCUUCCAACAAAACCCUAAACCCUACAUCUAUCUCAUCGUUUGCUCGUAGCACGAACUGAUAUUGAAGUGCUUGGAAUCUCCCACCAAAACCCUAACCCUAGAAAAAGGGUUUGGUAAAUUAAGAAGAAAAUGGCCUUAGCAUUCGAUGAGUUCGGAAGGCCAUUCAUAAUACUGAGGGGGCAAGAGCAAAAGAGCAGAUUGAGAGGUUUGGAUGCUCAGAAAGCCAACAUUUCUGCCGGAAAAGCGGUGGCUCGGAUCCUCCGCACCUCCCUUGGCCCCAAGGGAAUGGACAAGAUACUUCAGAGCCCCGACGGUGAUGUCACCAUUACGAAUGAUGGUGCAACAAUAUUGGAGCAGAUGGAUGUUGACAAUCAAAUUGCGAAGCUGAUGGUUGAGCUAUCUCGAAGCCAAGAUUAUGAAAUUGGUGAUGGCACAACAGGAGUUGUAGUUUUGGCUGGUGCACUUCUAGAGCAGGCUGAGGGGCUACUUGAACGUGGGAUUCAUCCUAUUCGGGUUGCAGAGGGCUAUGAAAUGGCUUGUAGGAUAGCUGUUGAACAUUUGGAACACAUUGCUCAAAAGUUUGAGUUUGGAGUAACAAAUAUAGAACCUUUAGUUCAAACUUGCAUGACCACUCUAUCAUCCAAGAUUGUGAAUCGAUGCAAGCGCAGUUUGGCUGAAAUUGCUGUUAAAGCAGUUAUGGCAGUUGCAGAUUUGGAGAGGAGGGAUGUUAACUUAGAUUUAAUUAAAGUAGAGGGGAAAGUAGGUGGAAAACUGGAAGAUACUGAGUUAAUACAUGGAAUUGUUGUUGACAAGGAUAUGAGCCAUCCACAAAUGCCCAAGCAUAUUGAAGAUGCAAAAAUUGCUAUUUUGACAUGCCCCUUUGAGCCACCUAAGCCAAAAACUAAGCAUAAGGUUGAUAUUGAUACAGUGGAAAAAUUCCAGACUUUACGUCUCCAAGAGCAGAAAUACUUUGAUGACAUGGUUCAAAAAUGCAAGGAUGUUGGUGCUACCUUGGUUAUCUGCCAAUGGGGGUUUGAUGAUGAAGCAAAUCAUUUAUUAAUGCACAGGAAUUUGCCUGCUGUCCGGUGGGUUGGAGGUGUGGAGUUAGAGCUGAUAGCAAUAGCCACAGGUGGAAGAAUUGUGCCAAGGUUCCAAGAAUUGACACCAGAAAAGCUGGGCAAGGCUGGUUUGGUUCGAGAAAAAUCAUUUGGUACCACUAAAGACCGAAUGCUGUAUAUUGAACGCUGUGCAAAUUCAAGGGCUGUAACCAUAUUUGUUCGUGGUGGUAACAAAAUGAUAAUAGAGGAGACAAAGCGUAGCAUCCAUGACGCACUGUGUGUGGCUAGGAAUAUCAUUCGCAAUAAUUCUAUUGUGUAUGGUGGAGGCUCAGCUGAGAUUUCUUGCUCUAUUGCUGUAGAGGCAGCUGCUGAUAAAUAUCCAGGAGUUGAGCAGUAUGCUAUCAGGGCAUUUGGAGAUGCUUUGGAUUCAAUUCCCAUGGCACUUGCAGAGAAUAGUGGCCUCCAACCCAUCGAAACCCUAUCUGCAGUGAAAUCUCAGCAAAUUAAGGAUAACAAUGCCUACUGUGGGAUUGACUGCAAUGAUGUUGGCACAUAUGAUAUGCGUGAGCAAAAUGUCUUUGAGACUCUCAUAGGGAAGCAGCAGCAAAUCUUGCUGGCAACACAAGUUGUCAAGAUGAUUUUAAAGAUCGAUGAUGUCAUCUCCCCUACUGAUUACUGAGAUAUGGGUACAUCAUUCAAAGUUUUGCUUCACCUAGAUGUGUGUGCUCACGGUACCAAUGGUGGCUUGGGAUGGCAUCUCAAUCACAAGGGAUGAUAUGGCCACUGGACGCAGACUUUCUUAUUUAUUUUGGACUCUGUUUUUGGUUUUGUACUAUCGUCAUCGUUUUUGGUUAAUAUCUUGUUGAUUUUGUUGUUUCUUUUUGAAAGGUUUCAUGGUUUACUUGAUGGCCAUGACCCAUUUCCUUAUCCUUGUGCACAUGGAAACAAGAAAAUGAGCAAAAAUUGUUGUAUGAAAGUAUUUUUCCAUCUGACA